AUGGAACGGACAGAAAGUCGGAAUCGCUCAAAGCUGCGUGAUUUCUACAAAUCGCAAGCGCGUGAAAACGCUGAGCUUGUGCGGAACCCGCAGUUUAAUCUCGACUCGAGUCAGUUUCAAAAGGAUCAGUUUAUUGACGGCGUUCUCCGGCAAAUGCCCCUAGCUGCGUUGCUGCAGAAAGAGAGGGAAAUUGGAAGAGAAAUAAGCACUCUCGAUCAGAGCAUGCAGAGCUUGGUUUACGAUAACUACAAUAAGUUUAUCAAAGCAACAGAUACCAUCAAACAAAUGAGGGUCGACUUCAAGGACAUAGAAAAAUCCAUGGACGAGCUCGUCUCCGAAAUGUCCCAAAUCUCCAAACUUUCCACAAGCCUCAAUUCGAAAAUGAAGCCCUGCCGCGAAGAAGUCGCCGAUCUCGUCGAGCAACAAGAAACUCUGACUAAAAUGCAGUUUCUUUUCGAGCUCCCAGCAGAGCUGAAACGAAAAAUCGAAGAAGGAGACUUUGAAUCGGCGGUGCAAGAUUAUGUCAAGGCGAAUUCGGUGCUGAGGAAUUACGAGAAUCACCCUUCUUUCAAAUCGAUUCAAGAGGAAUGCGAGCUGGAGUACAAGUCUUUACUGGAGAAACUUGAGGAGCCAUUUUCGAACGUCGAUAGCAAGGAAGAAUUACUCAUUCGCUGCAUUCGAAUUCUUAAAAACUCGGAUCAAAAAAUCAACGCAAAGAACAACAAUUUGGAAUCUUUUUCUGCUCAGAUCAGUGCCGUCCUCGCAGAGAUUUGCGUGAGCAUCACUUCAUUCAAAAACAUCUUUCAAUCGAAGAAUUUGGAAUCAUCCCUUGUAGCACAGCACGCUCAUCAAUCCUUGAAAGGUCACGUGAACGAUAUUCUCGAAGAAUUAACGGAUGAUUUUUCUGAGAUUCUCGUGACCAAUGAUCUCUCUGAUGACCAGCUUUCGACGUCCCUUGAUCUUUGGUAUUCCAAGCUUUCCGCGACCGCCCAAAUCUUGCCAGAACUCAACUUGACCGGAAGAUCAGAAGAACUCGUCGUCAAUCAAGCGAAGAUCCGACACGAUUCGAUCAAAAAAUCGUUGUUUAUGAAGCUAGAAGAAGAAAUCUUAAACAUCGAGAAAUCCGAGUCUCCUGGAGCAACAAAUGCAUCAAUUUUAAAUCUGAUUCAAGAAUCGCAACACCAACUGGAUAAAUUCUUCACGAUGUCGAAAUCAUACAGCCAAAUUGAAUACUUCUUGGUCGAAUGGAAUGACAUGACUAAAACUCUCCGUGUCGAUGCAGUUGAACACAUCGCAUCAUUUUGCCAGAAAACUCUUCAGACAGCUCAUCCAGCUCUUCUAUUUCCCCUUUCUUCUUUAGCAAGUAUUUGGUCAGAAACAACCGUCGACCAAUGUAUCGAACGCAAGGAUCGCCAAACCGUAAAUCGAUUGAAAAUCAGCUUCAGUCAAAUUUGCUCGGCCGCGCUGAAAGAGCUCGUUCUCAUCAGAGGUUGCCACUGUGCUGAACUUAUUCAUCGGAGCGUCAUGGCCAAGGACUGGCUGAAUACAUCUGAGCCACGAGGACCCCGACCGAUAGUCAAAACAUUCAUCGACGAAAUUCGAAAAAUAGACGAAGAAUGCUCAAAAUUUAUGCGCCAAGGUGUUCGCCCAGCCAAAUCGACCCGCUCUGGCUCCAUGAGAAUCGAAACCCUUUCCCAGCGCUCUAAUUUGAAUAUUCAAAGACUCUUCACGGACAAAAUUGAAAUCUACGAUGUUGUGCAAUCAACAACGAUUUCAGUCACAUCUGGCAUUAUUAAAAUUGCGCUGAAGGCGAUGCUCGAAAGUGUGAGACUGAAGACUUUUAGCUCUUACGGAUUACAGCAGAUUCAAGUCGAUUUAUCGUGUCUCCAUCACAUUCUCUGGCGAUAUUGCGAAGAUGAAAGUCACAUGAGCACAAUUUCGGACGAAAUUCUACAAUCUGCGGCGCUGAGAGCGCUAGAAAGAGAAUUAAUGGAGGCUGAUGUAAUCGAUCUUAUAGUCGAAAAAGCUCAACUCGCCUGA